UUCCUCUUUUUCUCAGAAGAUGAUGUAGAAGACAGAGGAGAGAGAGUAGUGUCAGUGAGGGGGGCUUCGCGCAAACGAAGGGAAAAGAAGACCAGCAAGUAAUGAAGAGAGAGAAAAGAUGCAAGCGUUUUGAAGGACCACCUAAUAUUUUCUCGGGUUCUUUCCGGUUACCAUGAAUGCUUAAGUCAACGUGAGAUGGAAGAACUUGGGACUCUGACACCUCCUCCUCAGUUUCAGUUUCUGGUGACCCACAAACGGAGACUGACAGUGGGCUCGCACGCCUCACAGAGUCUUCCUUCCGGAUGCUGCAAAAUGCAGGGCUGCCGGUUUGACGUUCAACACCAGUUGUUGAAGCGGUCAAUAGGACUUAUGACAGAUGUUCCUUCGGAGCUUUUACUGUACCUCUUUUCCCUUCUCUUUGAAAAACGACGAAAAUUUAAAACCAAGGAUACAAAACCCGAGAACCCUUCACUCCAUCGUUACACGUAACUCGCCAGACCUCUUUCAAACACAUACGCGCGCACGUAAAACUUCUCUAGAGUUCUGAAGAGAUGAUGGGAGGGAGAUGUUUUGAGUCCCAGACUCCCCAUUUCUUCAAGAUCAUUCUGUCUGAUGCCCUUCAAGAUGGAAGACUCGUACUCUCUCUCUCUCUCUCUCACUCACAGUGUCUUUGCAUGGAAUGACCUUUCUUUAUUCAACCAUCAUGCAUUUUUAGUAUGCAGCAUGGGUUAGCAUCCAAUUUCAGGUAAAAGUGUUUUGUCUUUUGGGACCAGCACUUGUCACAUAAAUUUUGUGCUUCCAUGUUCAUCAUGAAACAGGGGAUUCCAAAGAAAUUCGUGAGAAAAUAUGGGAGUGAUCUGCCGGACUUGGUCUUCCUCCAGGUAGCCAGCGGUGACGCUUGGGAAGUGGAACUGGUGAGGGGAUACGGCGGCGUUUGGCUCCGACGAGGAUGGCCGGACUUCGCGAAGCACUACGCCAUCGAACAAGGUCACUUCCUAGUGUUCAGAUACGAAGGAGGCUCUGCGUUUCGCGUGGUCAUAUUCGACAAGAGUGCUUCGGAGAUCGAAUACCCCAUCAUUUCUGAUUUGCCAAAAAGGGAAGAAAAUGAAGGGGACACGUUAGCUGAAGCAUUUGAGGGUCAGUCCGAUCAGACGCGAGAGCUGCCUUCAUCAACAUUAUUAUCUCCACCUUUGAAGAAGAAGAAGAAGAAGAAGAGAACGAAUGAGCACUUGAAUAAGCAGGCAGUUGGAGGUGCUGCAAGCAAUAUUGUCUAUGAUGUCAAUGCAGGCCUCAAAUCUGGCUACUGGGGAAGAUGCCGUCCUUUCAAAGGCAGUGCAAAAUCGGAGGCCUUAAAAAGAGCUGCUUCUUUCCAAUCACCAAAUCCAUUCUUCUUGACUUUAAUGCAACCAUCCCUCAUUCACCACUCUUUGAAUGCACCGGCUAAGUUUUUCAUGGAGCAUAUUCCCAGUUAUAGAAGCGGUGGAGACAUAGAUCUAUACGUGUCCAAUGAGAGAUUUUGGUCGGCCCGGUAUAGGUUUGGGAUAUACAGCCGAAAAUUACAAGUCAAAAUCAACGGUGGCUGGAAGCUUUUUGCGCAAGACAAUAAUCUCAAGGUAGGUGAUGUUUGUGUGUUUGAACUGACGACGAAGGUUGACAGAGUUUCAUUCAGAGUCUGUCAUCUUCAGAGCCAACCAAGACGCAAUCGAACUCGUUCAAACAAAAGAAGCUUCUCAACUCAAGCUCCAAACAAGCUCAGGCGAACCUGAUGAAUCUGAGUAUGGCCAGGCCAAAAAUGAAGAACCCGCCUCUCGUGAUCAAUCCGCAGGCAAAAGUAUCAAGGUUGAACCAGCCAUGGAAGUGUUCACGCUGCCCAAGGCAUGCAGUCACGGCGAUGGGGAAAGCACCGGCGGAACAGUUUCUCCAACUGGUAUGACAUCUAUGGAAGCUGCAAGCAAGUUUCGCACGAACCGACCAUCCUUCCGAGUAGUCAUUUGCCCGAAACACUUGUGCAGAUCUACUCCGAUUGUACCGGCCGGCUUCGUCAAGAGGUACUUAGAACACAGCCACAUAAAGGGGACUCUGAGAGUUGGCCGCAGAACAUGGCCGAUCAAGCUCUGUGUUUAUCCCCAGCCCACCUCCAAUAGCUUCAAGAGCAAAAUCUCCGCAGGGUGGUUCAAUUUCGCAAGGGACAAUGCUCUUCAAGUGGGAGACAUCUGCAUAUUCGAGCUCCUCAGUUCGGACCUCAUAGUCCUCAAAGUAUCCAUCUUCAGGUACAGCAUCGACUAAGUUACACCGAUGAUGAUGACCGGUGUACUCUCUUAUGCAGCGUCCCGGGACUGUAAGCCAGUUGCUGUUCGCAUACAAUGAGAAUAUGCGUACAAGUUCCUUUGAUAUGCCGAGAUUUUGAGAAAAUUGGGUCGGAUAGUUUUGCACAUUUUAACCACGAAAUGUAUUUUGAAC